AUGCUUUCAUAUCAAACAAUAAUCACGUGGACCCAUCUCUCUCUCUCUCUCUCUCUCUCUCUCUCUCUCUCUCUCUCUCUCUCUGGUCUGUCUCCGUCUCUUCUGCUUCUCUUCCCACUUUUACUUAAUUCGCUUCGCGCAUUCAUUUUUAUGGACAUUCGCCCAAACUGGCAUGGGGGUAUAGCGUGGCUCUACAAGUUCCAGGAAUUCCGUAUCCCUCCCCACACACACAUCAUCUCUCUCUCUCUCUCUCAUUCCAUCAUGUCCAUUUUAUCUGUUGCGCAAUUUUACUUUUUCGACAUUUGUCUGUCUUUACACUUCUCUCUCUAUCCACCCCUCACUGUUAUUCAUUCAUUCUUUUUUUCUUUCUUUCUUUUUUCUUUCUUUCUUUUUUCUUUCUUUCUUUCCGUCGUUCCGCUAUACACUUCUUUUCUCCGUCUCUCUCAUUUUUACCGCAUCUACUUUCUUUCUUUCUUCUCCUCUCCCCACUCUCUCUCUCUCUCUCUCUCUCUGUGUCUCUCCCUCAGUCUCUCCCUCAGUCUCUCCCUCAGUCUCUCUUCCUGUCAUUCAUUCAUUCUUUCUUUCUUUCUUUCUUUCUUUCUUUCUUUCUUUCUUUCUUUCUUCCCAUCGUUCCAUCAUACUCUUUUUCUCUCAUUUCCACCUUAUCUACUUUCUCUCUUUCUCAGAGUCUCUCUUUCUCCCUGUCUCUCUCUCUUCCAGUCAUACAUUCUUUCUUUCUUUCUUUCUUUCUUUCUUUCUUUUUUAACAUCGUUCUAUCAUACUCCUUUUCUCCCUCUCUCUUUUUUUUACAUUAAAUACUUUCUCUCUGUCAUUCAUUCAUUCUUUCUAUCUUUCUUCCUUCAUUUCUUUCUUUCUUUCUUUCUUUCUUUCUUUCUUUCUUUCUUUCUUACCAUCGUUCCAACAUACCAUUUUCUGUCGCUCUCAUUUUCAACCUAUCUCUCUUUCUCUCACACUCUCUCUCUCUCUCUCGCUCUUUCUCUGUCAUUAAUUCUUUCUUUCUUUCUUUCUUUUUUCCGUCGUUCCAUCGCAUUCUCUCUCUCUCUCUCUCUCUCUCUCUCUUUCACUUUUUUCAUAAUUGUCUCUUCUUUCCCUCUCUUUCUCCCCAAAUCAUACACAUUUGACCCACCUAGCCAUCAUCUUUUGGUAUUUCACGUUCGUGCUGAAAAUCUUCCACCGGCAUCAUAUUAUCGUACGGAUCACUGUUUGACACCUCUUAUUAAGCAAUGCAAUUCAUUAAUGCCGUUCCACAGCACGAUAAUUGUCCGCCCAAUUCAACACCCGUCAGGCCUCUACUCCAUCCAUGGCCAGACUGGGCAGGACCUAUCAGCCGUAUUCACGGCCUAUCACACUGAUUCGUCAAUACGCGCCUACUCUUAG